ACAAUUUGACCAACUUGAUUCCUUGGAUGUCCGUUUUGUUUGAUGAUCGGGGGUGACUCGAUUUUGCUACCACUGGUGAGCAAAAUGGAAUUUUUUGACUGAUAAUUUGUCGUUCGGUCGCAGAAUCCCUGCAGUCUUCUAGGUUUCCGUUGCUCGGAGGUGCGUGAGGCAGACGACAAAUGCGCCCCAACGUCCAAAAUGCAAAAUGAAAAUGGUUUUUAUUACGACGCACUAUCAAUAGCAUUCGUUUUCGUGACAGUGUAGGACUAGAAGCAUUACGACAGAGUCAAUGAGUAGCCCCUUCGGCUAGAUACCCACGACAACGAAUCACCGACGACCCCAGGUCAUCGUGUUUGUAGUGUUUGCACUUUGAACGGGGACAGAAGCGACUUCUUUAUCACAAAUAAAAAAAAACGGAGUGCAGCUGCUCUACUAGUACGACACACGCACCAGCAAAAAUGGAAACUUCUUAUGACGACGAUCGUGGUGCGGCCUACCGCGAAGUCGUCCCUUCAGGUACUGCUGACGCCUCGAGAAGGCCUGUGGUCGGGCCGAACGCGAACAAGCCCAGACGAGUUCUGCGCAAGCUUGACCAUAUGACGUUUUUGGUUGGCGUUGGCGAAGAGCCCGGGGACCCUGCCCCGAAAAUCGAGGUGCGCCUGCCGUGUUUGCUCCAGUGCCUGAUGGGACCCUCGAUCCCUAACAGCACUUUGCCCCGGGACGCGGUGGUGAUGCACCCGGACGAGUACGAAAUCAUCAAAGCCGCCCUGCAGGGGGAGUGGCAGGUGGUUCCCCUUUCCAUGCCCGGACACGCGCAGAAUAACGGGUACCAGAAGAACGUCGCUUUCCAAAAAGUCAUGGUGUCCGGCUUAAAAUACAGUAUGUACGGCGGUGGAGGGCAGGGCGCUGCUGCGGCUCAGACGGAGCAGCUGAUCCAAUUUUCGCGCGCGCAAUCGUGGCCCAAUCGCAUCUUCAUCAUCGACGGUUGGGGGAGCUACCUGCAAACGGAGAUCUCGGCAUCGAAUCCGAACCCGACCGAAGUGAAAAUGAAAAAUGGGCUGGGUUACGGGUUGAUGUGGAAGCGCGAGCAGGCGUUUCUGAACGCGCAGCAAGGUGGAAGUACUGCGGCCGGUCAGGGCAAAGCAGUGGACAGGAUCAAGCAGUUGACAGAAAUGAAGUUCCAGGGGUUGAUUACGGAAGCCGAAUUUGAGCAGAAAAAAGCGAAAAUCCUCGAGAGUGUGUGAGUUUUGCUUUAGACGACCAGAAACUACAUGUACAUUAAGAAUCUUCAUCCGGUCAUUAAGUUUAUUAACUUAGCAAACGGACGAUAUCGCUGCAUAUAGAACGACUGUCAAGUAUAAAUUGUUGUGGACAACGACUAGCGCGAGCGGACCCUGAGGAUGUCCUGUGAAGCAAUGACGCACGCCUUGACUUUGGUCGCAAAUUUAUGCAUGCGAGUUCCAAGAUUUUGCUUCAACGUUCGUAAUCGCAUCCUUGUAUUGUAUCAUUGCUAUCCUCUUUGUCUUUCUAAAUUUUGUAUUUAGGUUCCUUUCAUCAUUUCGACCAUCAUGCUGUCACUUUGUACUUUUAUCAGUGUUUCCUCUUGAUGCGCGUUAUUGUAGAGACUGUAGAAGCUUUAUUUCGUUUAUUCAUGCAGACACUAGCCUUCUCCCGCUUCCCGUGUUCAGUAACCUGCAGACUUAAUAGUAUUCCGCUAGAUGAAUAGUAGCACUCAGCGUCUCUCUGUGGAGAAUCGUUGUCGGCGCUUCAGCACAGGCAGGCCCAUCUGCCGGCGAUUUUCAAAGCGCCAGAACGGCUUUGGCGCGAUCGAUCCGGCGCCGGCCGGCGCGGCGGGCAGGUUGCCCGCUGCCGUCAUCUUGCAUGCUGGCGCCGGCGGGGCCGCGAUCUGGCGGCGGGGGGCGGGCAUGGUCG